AUGGCUGCUGAUUGGCUGGUGUCCAUGGAUGCGUCACCCCUGGACUCUGGGAAGAUCCUAGUAAAUGUGGGUAAUUUUUUCACGCUGGAGUCUGUCUUUGUAGCCCCGAGAAAAGGAAUUUACAGUUUCAGUUUUCACGUAAUUAAAGUCUACCAGAGCCAGACAAUCCAGGUUAACCUGAUGUUGAAUGGGAAACCGGUCAUAUCUGCUUUCGCUGGGGACAAAGAUGUUACUCGUGAAGCUGCCACCAACGGAGUCUUACUCUACCUGGAUAAAGAGGAUAAGGUUUACCUGAAACUGGAGAAAGGUAAUCUGGUUGGAGGCUGGCAGUACUCGACCUUCUCCGGCUUCCUGGUGUUCCCCUUGUAGGCUCUGAGCCCCCCUCGCCCCACGGUCCUCGAGGGGACAGGCAGCCUGGCCCAGCGCUGUUGGAGAUCACGUUCUCAUCCUCUGAUCGAUGUCUCUUAUUGAUUUCUCAUGGGUGCACCUGGAUUCUCUUGAAGGAUUCUAGGCCUGUGGCACCAGGUCCAAGUUCCACAGACGAUUUUGGUGUGUGUCCAUUCCGCUGUAUUUGGAUGGGGACUCAUGGUGGCAAAUUUCUCCCCACACUUCAGUGUAACACUUAACAGCUGUCUGCCAGCUGUGUUCUCCCUUUAGUUUCCUGGAAUGGCCGAGUUCCUUGCAGAGGUGGCAUUUUCUUUCUUUCUUUUUUUUUUUUUUAAAGACUGGCAACUGGGUCUGAGAAUGAGAAAACUCAAGUUCUGUCUUCAAGCAACAGUUAGCGUGUUACUGCCAAAGAACUGUGUACUGUGUUGAUCUAUUGAUUCCACUUGUUUUUGCUCCUUUCGGAGUUCAUUGGUUUUGUUCUCUUAUGGUAGCUGGGUAUUGUUUUUUUCCUUUCUUCAUUUCCGGUGAUUGGCUUUGUGUCUUCUUACACGUAGGGCCUUGGGUGGUUUCCCACACACUGACCCUGUCGGAUCACCCACAUGACUUCCCAUAAAAGAAUAAUAAAAAGAAAGAAUGCUUCCUAGUUGUAUUUUAAUUAUAUAUGUGAAAGAGUCAUAUUUUCCAAAUUAUAUUUUCUAAAUGGAAGAAUAGAUCUUAAAUCUGAUGAGGGAAACGUUGCUUACUCGAAUUUUAAGUGCUCGAACCCCAAACCUCCACAAAAAUGGUUCUCCUGCGUGGGAAAUCUUGUACUUUAUCGCCCAAGUUUAAUUAAUGUGAUUGAUAAUAACCACUUUAAUAAAAACCGAAGGGAUUUUUUUCCCCCCUAGACAUGAUCACUUGAUUAACUGGAGAUGGGAUACCCUUGUUUUUAAUUAUACCUAUUUUUCAAGCCUUCUAUUAUUUGCAAGUAUCAUCUGGUUUUGCCUUAACUCCUUGAAUUGUAUAUAUUUAUCUGUUUAGCUAAUAUUAAAUCCAAGUAUCCCAUAUCUAAACUUAGUGCAAUAUCUUAUUUUAUCUUUUGUACAGGUCAUAUGAAUUCACAAAGUUAUUUAUGUCUGUUAUAGAAUAAAAGUUCAUAUAUGUUA